AUGCCUAACCGCCGCUGGUCUGGAUCUGCUGUCUGUCGAAGGAUACGUUGCCAUGUUCUGCCUCUGAUUGACCAAGGUAUGUACAGUUGCACCCGUGGUUUUGUGGUAGACUCCAGGUGUGACUACAACUGCUAUGAAGGCUACCAGAUUGAGGGAGAUCGCUACCGGAUGUGCCAAGAAGAGGGAACAUGGAGUGGCACAGAACCGACGUGUGCAGAUCAUGACCCCCCCAAACUGAAAUGUCCUUUGUCCAGAGUGAAAGUAGCAGAACCAGGAAAAGUAACAGCCAUGGUUUCAUGGGAGCGUCCUAUUGCUACAGACACCGCUGACAGAGCACUACAGGUCUUGCGAAAUGGACCGGAGUCUGGAUCCGACUUUCCUGAAGGAAUACAUGUAAUUCGAUAUACAGUCUCUGACCAGGCUCACAACACAGCCACAUGCAAAUUUACUGUGCAUGUUGAAGUGAGGCGAUGUCCAAAGCUAAAGCCACCUAUGCAUGGCUAUCUGAUGUGCUCAUCUGAUGGUAAUAAUUAUGGGGCUGUAUGUGAAUACCAUUGUGAUCCUGGCUUCGAAAGGACAGGUUUUGCAACUCGCGUUUGUCAGCUCAACCGCAACUGGUCCGAUGAAGCAGCUCAGUGUAUAUUCAUGGACAUAAAAACAGACGUCAGGUCUGCUGGUGCUCUGCUUGACCAGUUUUAUGAAAAGAGAAGGCUUCUUGUUGUGUCUACUCCAGAUAUCACUGACCAGAAGUACAGGCUUCAGAAUAUUAUGCUACAGAAAGCUGAGUGUGGUCUGGAUCUGCGACAUGUGACAGUGAUCGAGAUUUUAGGAACUCCACCUCAUGCAAUAGGCCGCAUCAAAAGACAACAACUAGAGCCUGAAGUCAUAGAGGGACUUAGACAGGCACUGCAUAUGUCUACAUCGUAUUUCACCAUGGUGCUGCUGGAUGAGUAUGGUGUGGACCGGGAGCGCUUUGUUAACCCCACCACCUCUGAUGAGCUCUACUCGUACUUAGAGGAGUAUCUCCUCACAGAGGAGGAGCUAGAGAGACUGGCGAUGAACAGGGACUUCUGUGACUGACCUCGGUGUGAUCAACUCCUGAUCUGAUGUUGUGGGUGG